ACAAAGUUACCGUUAAAGCCAAUUCUUUUACACCAAAAUUUUACAGGUAAGUUUAUACGGCCACGUCCCUAGUUUGCUUUGGGUCGGUCUGGUCUUUUUUUUGCCCACCCCAACAAGUAAUGGGUGAUAUUCAACGAUGUAGAUUCAGAUUCUGCGACCAAGGCAAAAUCACAUUUCGUUUCAGUAAAUUGCUCAGGAAAAAAGAAAAAGAACAUAACAAAUUGGAUUGGACUGUAAAAUCCAAAGUCUUAAAGUCCACAAGUGGUUCAUGUGACUCUAAUUAGACAUCCUUGGGGAUAGGAAAAGUGUGGCCUUCAUUAUUAUUGUUUUGUGAAUUAUUGGUGUAGAGUUAUUGGUCUUCGCAUAUGGCUUACUAUUUUCUCACCAAGUCAAUGAAAAUUAUUGGUGUUCCUCUUUCUCUUUCUCUUGUUCAUUCACCAAAGCAGUGAGUUUAGUGGUUUUGGUUUCUUUCGGAAAGUUUGAGCAAAGAUGGGAGGCUGUGUAUCACUAGAUUUAUCAUGUGAUCAAACGCUGAAUCAAACUUGCAACUGCUUAUUUGGGGAUGGAAAUUACAUUCAUAUGAUGAAGGCUAAUCUGGAGGCUCUGGAGACAACUAUGCAAGAACUUAGACAAAGGCGAGAUGAUCUGUUAACAAGAGUUUCCACAGAAGAAGAUAAAGGUUUGCAGCGGCUUGCUCAAGUAGAAGGAUGGUUGUCAAGGGUAGCACGUAUUGACUCUCAGGUCAGUGAUCUGCUUAAGGACGAACCAACUGAAACGAAAAGAUUGUGUCUUUUUGUAUAUUGUUCUACAAAGUGCAUAUCAAGCUGUGAGUAUGGUAAAAAGGUAUCAAAGAAGUUGGAAGAAGUUAAAGAGCUUCUAUCUAGAAAAGAUUUUGAAAAGGUGGCUGAAAAAAGACCUGCACCAAAGGUGGGGAAGAAACAUAUCCAAACAACAAUAGGUUUGGAUUCCAUGGUUGAAAAGGCAUGGAACAGCAUCAUGAAACCUGAACGAAGAACGUUAGGUAUCUAUGGCAUGGGGGGAGUUGGAAAAACAACCCUCUUAACUCAUAUCAACAACAAAUUGGACAAAGAGGUGAAUGGAUUUGAUGUUGUGAUAUGGGUUGUGGUCUCUCAAGAUUUGCAAUACAAGGGCAUUCAGGAUCAGAUUCUACGAAGAUUACGUGUUGACAAGGAAUGGGAAAAUCAAACAGAGGAGGAGAAAGCAUCUUCCAUAGACGAUAUCCUAGGAAGAAAGAAAUUUGUUCUGCUGUUAGAUGAUCUGUGGAGCGAGGUAGAUUUGAACAAGAUUGGAGUUCCACGUCCAACUCAAGAAAAUGGAUCGAAGAUAGUUUUCACCACUCGUUCAAAGGAAGUUUGCAGUGACAUGGAAGCUGAUGAUAAGUUGCAAAUUGAUUGUUUGCCAGCGAAUGAAGCGUGGGAACUGUUUCGAAGUAUAGUUGGAGAAGACACAUUAAAGCUGCAUCAGGAUAUUCCCACACUUGCAAAGAAAAUUUGUGAAAAAUGUUAUGGCUUGCCACUUGCACUCAAUGUGAUUGGCAAAGCUAUGAAAUAUAAAGAGGAUGUACACGAAUGGCGUCACGCAAAAAAGGUUCUCAGUACGUCUAGCCACGAGUUUCCAGGUAUGGAAGAAAAGAUUCUUUCAAUUUUGAAGUUCAGCUAUGAUGGCUUAAAGGAAGAAAAUGUGAAAUCAUGCUUCCUAUACUGUUCUUUGUUCCCGGAAGAUUAUGAAAUAAAGAAGGAGGAGUUGAUAGAGUAUUGGAUCAAUGAAGGAUUUAUAAAUGGAAAGAGAGAUGAAGAUGGAAGUAACAACCAAGGUCAUGUUAUAAUUGGUUCGUUAGUUCGUGCGCAUCUAUUGAUGGAAUCCGAAACUACUGUGAAAAUGCAUGAUGUGUUACGUGAAAUGGCUCUUUGGAUAGGGUCUACGUCUGCAAAAGAGGAAGAAAAGCAGUGCGUCAAAUCUGGUGUGAAGCUAAGCUGUAUACCAGAUGACAUCAACUGGUCAGUUUCGAGAAGGAUCUCGUUGAUGAGUAAUCAAAUUGAAAAGAUAUCUUGCUGCCCUGAGUGCCCCAACCUUUCGACUCUAUUUCUCCAGGGUAACAAUUUGGAGGGUAUACCGGGUGAAUUCUUUCAGUUUAUGAAAGCCCUUGUCGUCUUGGAUCUCUCGCAUAACCUACUUUGGGAAUUGCCGGAAGAAAUUUGCAGCUUGACUUCCUUGCAGUGCCUCAGUUUAUCAUUCACAUUUAUAAGGUCGUUAUCAGUUGGUUUGAAGGGGUUGAGGAAACUAAUAAGCCUGGACCUGGAGUGGACCAGCCUUACAAGCAUUGAUGGGAUAGGAACAAGCUUACCAAAUCUUCAGGUGUUGAAACUGUAUCAUUCUCGUGUUUAUAUUGAUGCAAGAUCAAUUGAAGAGCUACAACUUUUAGAGCACUUGAAGAUUUUAACAGGAAACGUGAAAGAUGCUUUAAUUUUGGAAAGUAUCCAAAGAGUUGAGCGAUUGGCGAGUUGUGUUCAACGCCUUUUGAUUUCCGGUGUGUUCGCAGAGGUUAUAACAUUAAACACGGCAGCUCUGGGUGGUCUUCGAGGACUUGAGAUUUGGUAUUCCCAAAUCUCAGAGAUAAAGAUAGAUUGGAAAAGCAAAGAGAAAGAAGAUCUUCUAUGCAACAGUUCUCCAUACUUCAGGCACCUCUCCAGUAUUUUUAUAUACGAUUUGGAAGGUCCAAAAGAAUUGACCUGGUUAUUGUUUGCUCCAAAUCUCAAGCAUCUACACGUGAGAAGUGCACGUUCUAGAAGCGUAGAAGAAAUAAUAAAUAAGGAGAAGGGAAUGAGUAUUAGCAAUGUGCAUCCUGAUAUGACAGUUCCUUUUAGGACGCUAGAAUCCCUCACUUUAGAGAGAUUACCGGAAUUAAAGAGAAUAUGCUCAAGUCCUCCUCCUGCUCUUCCAUCCCUGAAAAUUGUUCUUGUGGAGAAGUGCCCAAAGCUGCCCGAAGCUGCCAUUAGAGAGUUUCAGAGACACGAACAGGAGUAAGGAAGUUGAUGAAUGAGGCUCUGAAUCCCCAGUUGCAUAUGUCAUAUGUGUGUGAGUGUAUCCUCUCAGUUUCUUAAACUUGGUUUUGGUUUUAUUGUUCUGCUUUUGCUUGAAUGUCAAAGUUGUAUUUCUCAAAGCUGGAAACUUUUCAUUGCUGCAGUUCCACUUCUCUCCAGUUUGUAACCAUUUGAUACAUUUUCCUCAAAGCUUUCA